CAACACUGCCCCCCAGAGCUACGUUGUUUACAUCUGGAGGAAUGGAAGCCACGGUGCGCUAUGUCUCCUCUGGGGUCAACCAGACACCUUCAGGCAUCACCUGGGGCCUGGACGGGACGGUGUGUUAUGCUGCAGGUACUGGAGUACUGCUGUAUGACCCAAAGAGUGGAGCAGUGACUGGGGCUAGUACAAAGGUACACACCAACAAAGUUACUUGUGUGAGAUGGGUUGAGCCAUUGCCAUCAACAGGUCGCAGUUUGAUCUCUACUGGUGCAGAUACAAAAGCUGUGGUCUGGACUGUAUCUGAAGAGAAGACAGAGGGUCUGCACGUUUUACGUCCUUGUGCUGUGUUAGAUCACGAAGAUGCUGUCAGCCUCGCUGAUGCUACAGUUAUUAUGGAAGAUGGGAAAGAGAAGAUAUUGGUUGUAACUGUGACAACAGACAUUAUAACUUGUUGGCUUGUUUGCCCUGUAUCAGGAGAGUUUGAGCAGCUUCAUGAAUUCUUAACUCCUGCAAGGACAUUUAUCAUGAGCCUUCGACUAUUCUAUGUGGAAGGAGCAAAAUAUCCAGCCUUUGCCUGCGGUGGACAUGACUGUAGAAUUCAUAUCUUAAUGGCCGACGAGCUGGGAUGCUACUAUCCCGCAGCUGUGUUAAAUGGUCAUGAAGAUUGGGUCAUGACCCUAGAGUUCAUGAAAGAAGAUGAUGGUGGCUUGCUGCUUGCUAGCGGCUCAAAGGAUUCUUCGGUUCGACUAUGGCGUUUUUCAACCCUAAAAAAUGAUGAACAGUUACAAGAGGCAAUGAAUGCAGGGAAUAAAGAGCUGAGAUUAAAGGCUGUAAUUUUUCAGUUGCCAUCAAAUUCUUCAGAUGUUAUAAUGUCUGUAUUAUUAGAUGCCAUUUUAGCAGGGCAUGAAGGCUUGGUAUCUGAAGUAUGCUGGGCUCGACCCAUUGUUAAAGAGAGCAAGAGAUGCCAACCCUACAAGCUUCUCACAUGCUCAAAGACUCAGGACCGUUCCAUUAUUAUCUGGGAACCAGAGUAUGAGUCCGGUAGUGGCAGUGGACUGUGGUUGGAGGUGGCCCGACUAGGAGAAGUUGGUGGCAAUAUGGAAGGCUAUUAUAGCUGCCAGUUCAGUCCUGAUGGAACACAAGUGUUAGGUUGCAGUUAUCAGGGUGGACUCCAUCUCUGGGAACACGAGGACAGUGUUUGGCAGCCUUGUGUAGUGGGUGGCGGACACUACGAUGAAGUAGCCGAUAUAGCUUGGGAUCCUUAUGGCAGGUACCUAUUGUCAGUCAGCAAGGACCAAACUACUCGUCUGCAUGCACCUUGGAAGAAAGCGGAAGAUGAGGUUGUUUGGCACGAAGUGGGCCGACCACAGGUUCAUGGCUACGAUAUGGCUUGCAUCUCUAGCUGUGGUAAAUACAAGUUUGCAUCUGGCGCUGAGGAGAAGGUUAUACGAGGUUUUAUUGCCCCGGCCAACUUUAUACGCAAUUUUGGCCAGAUAUGCGGUAUUGACGUUGAGGAAGAUGUAGCCAAGUGUGAAGUUGGAGAGGGCGCGUCGGUACCGUCUCUUGGUCUGUCCAAUAAGGCAGUUAUGAUUGCCGACCUGAAAGAGCAGCAGAUUGAAGAGGAAGGAGCAGACGAGGUGCAGGUUUACUUUAAGCCUCUCUCUCUUUAUGAACCACCAACAGAAGACCAGCUAAUGCAGAACACUUUAUGGCCUGAAGCCACCAAGCUGUAUGGUCAUGGUAAUGAUAUUAUUGCCUUGGCCGCUUCGUCCGAUGGGGCAGUUCUUGCAUCUUCGUGUCGAGCAGCUAAAAAUUUGGAUGCCAAUAUUAUUAUUUGGGAUACAACAACAUGGCAUAAAAUUGAUACGUUAGCCAAGCAUCGUCUUACUGUGACACAGAUGGCCUUCUCUCCAGAUGAUGAAUAUCUUCUGUCUGUAUCACGAGAUCGUAGUUGGACAGUUUUUAGGAAAGAGACAGCUGAAAAUAGUGCAGGUUUUACUUACAAAGUAUGCGAUUUUUCAAGUAAAAAAGAAACUCUGCAUAGCCGUGUAAUUUGGUCCUGUGCCUGGCUGCCAGAUUCACGUCACUUUGUUACUGCUUCAAGAGACAAGACUGUUGCAGUGUGGAGACACACCGAGACCGGCUGGUUGAGACAAACUCUUCUAAAUGAAUCUGAUGAAGUGACAGCAGUGGCAGUGUCCAGAAACAUUGACAAGGAAGCAAAUGGCUCUGUGCUUGUGGCUACUGGCCUUGUAAAUGGAGAAAUUCAUAUUAGACGAUACAAUCUAGAUAAGAUGGUAUUUGUCAAAGUGCUGCAAAUAUUCCACAAACACCAGAGUAUGGUAAGACGUCUGCAGUUCAAGCCAUCAGUAGAAUUCAGUGGUAAUGUUGUUCUUGCUUCUUGUGCAGAUGAUAGAAGAGUACAAUUGUUCGAGAUUAAAACUUAAGUACGGUACUGUACUGUACUAGUCAUCUUUGUCACCAGAAUCUAUUUUCUACUCUUUAAAUAUAUUUAAAAGCCUUAAUUAUUAAUUAACUCGAAACUGUUGGAUUUUUUUUUUAUUAAAGGUAGAAAGAUUGGAAGUUUUGCUUAUCGUGCAGAUUCACAUUCAUCAUUUUUUCAGAGAGCACGUUGCAUAAACGUAACUCAAUAAGGUGUUAAAUUUAUCUAUAGUGCAUCAGUAAUUCAAUGCUUCAAAAGAUGCAUGAUUACAAAUGUCUGUUUUAACAAUUGCAAUAUUUCAAAAUGUGAUGCACUUGUAUGGUACUGUUGUCUGAGGGGCUUUGUCAGUACACCAAAGAAUCAUCAGGCAAAACUAAAACCAUUUAAUUUUGUUUGUUAUAUUAUCAAUAUUAAAUGUUGUUAUCUAAUAAGAUCUUUUGUACAAAAAAAGAAAAUCUAUAUAAAUAAAGUGUAGACAGUA